CUGCAGCCAGUUGAGAAAAAAACAUCAGCGAGGGUAGGGGUUGAAGAAGGGUGUAUUGCGUCAAAACAACAUGUUUGCAUAAAUUUGUAAUCGAAUUAAAGCUUCGGCCCGGGUGUUUGCUGGAGUGUCCGCGCCCGGCGAAAAGCAAACUGAAGAACGGAAUCGGCGCCUUUCGGAUUUCAAGAAAAUCGAGUCAAGGUUGCGGUCAACCUCUCUGCAGAUGGGUGCUGCUGAAUAGUGUGAUUUGUCGUCACGGCACAAGAAGUUUGCAGAAUAAAUGGAGGCGGCUCGGGUUACCAAAGUGGAUCGCGUCCUCCUUUCACUCUCUGCAGCGGCGCGAGUUGCCCGAGGAGGCCGGGCACGUUCGUAGUUUGGCGCAGAACAUGGACGGGCACCGACGCCGCGACGACGACGACGACGAGCUCCUCGACUGGCACCUCGCGAAAACGGGCAUCCAGUUGCUGCUCAACAACAAAAUCGACGAGGCCGAAACCUUGUUCAGGGACCGAAAGGACAAUGUGCAGAUGGCAGCUGGAUAUUGCUACAUAACUUUCAUGAACGCUGUGAUGACAUUUGAAGAGGAAAAACUGCAAGAAGCAAUGCAAGUACUGAAGGACAUGGAAAAGCGCUGUGCCCAAGAUAUGGGAUGGAUAAAGACUGUGAAAAAUAAAGUGUUUGGUGCUUCUAAUGUGACUGACGAGUACUUGAACCGCUUGGAGGAGCAAAUUAUUCUGGCCGACACUCAAGUUUGCAUGGCUCUGCUCACUUUUCUCCAGCACGAUCUCACCGGGUACGUUCGCGGCGGCUGGAUUUUGCGUAAGGCGUGGAAAGUCUACCAACACACGUACAAUCAAGUGCUUCAGUUGCACAGACGAACCUUUGGCAAUGAAACUGAAGUGCCAGGUUCGCAAUUUCCGUCUUGGUCUGUGAUAGUCAGGGAGUCGAGCCAGUCCAAUUUGCUCUCUCCAAGCUCUCCUGACUGGACUGUGCCUUCAACAUCCACUUCAACUCCUAGUCAAGGAUUCCGAUCUCCAUUAGCGUUUUUCUCAAUGUUCGGCUACGGCUCAAAAUCAAACGAAGAGCAGUUGGCGCCGUCCGUAGUCGCCCGACUGAUGGCCGCCGUCAGUUUCGGGUACGGCGUCUUCCAGUUGUGCAUUUCCCUGCUGCCGCCCUCGUUACUCAAGCUGAUCAGUUUCUUGGGCUUCGAGGGGGACAGAGAGACUGGAAUUGCGGCGUUGAUGUUCGCUCGGCACGGCCAAGACAUGCGGGCACCGCUGGCGUCGCUUUCUUUAUUAUGGUACCACACAAUAGUGCGGCCGUUUUUCGCCCUGGACGGCUCCAACGUGCAGGCCGGUGUUGCCGCCGCUGAAACUUUAAUCACCGAGUCCCAGGAGAUCUACGGCCAGUCGGCUUUGUUUCUGUUUUUCCGAGGCCGAGUGGAGCGACUCAAGUCGAAUGUUGGCCAAGCGCUUUUGGCAUACCAGGCGGCGGUGAAGGCGUCGCCUCAGAGGGAAAUCCAGCUUUUGUGUCUGCACGAAGUCGGCUGGUGCCAUUUGAUUCUGCUCCAUUGGUCCCAUGCACAUGUGUCCUUUCUGAGACUGAAGAAGGAAUCGCGCUGGUCCAAAGGAUUUUACGCUUACCUAGCAGCAGUGUGCAGAGGAGCAGCUGGUGAUGAGGCUGGGGCUGUCAAGCUUGCCCAGGAAGCCCCAAAAUUGUCAUCCAACAGACAGACACAGCUGGAAGUUUUCAUUUCCCGCCGGACUUCCCAACUUCCUCCGGAGAGCUACACAACCAUCGGGUGCAAACUUCUCGCCUUUGAACUCCUCUUUCUCUGGAAUGCCCUUCCGUCAUGCAGCCCUGCUCAGCUGCAGCAAAUCAUCCAAGAAUGUGACGGUACAAGCGAACCUCCGCCGAUGCAAGGUCUGCAGUACCUGAUCAUGGGCGCCACUUACGGCUGUCUUGGCCUGGCUGCAGAGGCGAUCAGCAACUUCCGAGCGUGUCUUGCCAGUCGCUCAGAGAUGCCGACCUUCAGUUCCGAUGGAGAGGAGGGCAUCGGGGACCACCACAUUGCGGCCUUUGCUUCUUACGAACUGGCUGUGCUGCUCUGCAUGGAUUCCGAGACACAACAGGAAGGCAUCAACCUACUAUUAGAAGUCCAAAACAAUUACCGCAAUUACGAUUUUGAAAACAGACUCAGUGUGAGAAUUCACUCGGUACUCAAAAACUUCAGAUAAUCUCGGUUUAGUGUGGAAUUAUUUUUUAUCCGUCCGAGUCAUGUAUGAAUUUCUAUGUAAUCGCUAAUUUAUUUGUAACAGUGGCGGCUCAUACUCUCUCAGAAUGCAAUAAUCAAUGAACAAUAACCAAAUAAAUAGCAUUGCAAGCCGGAUGGAAAUUCGGUUUAAUCACAUAGAUUAACUAAUUUAAAUUUAUAAUUUUUGAAGAUUUUUUACUCAUUAUAUAAACGCUGCUUUUUGUAUACAUUCCUACUUACGCAAUCAAUGUGAAACGAAAAUAAUAACCAACGGCGCUUAGGUAUGCAACCGGCUUGACGUGUGUGUCUAGCAAAUUGCCUAGCUCGGCCUGACCGCUGCCAAUGUCACAAUCAAGGCCAGUGUCGUUCCCACGCCAAGAUUGACGCUUGCGAUUAAUAAUAAACUUGUUUAUCAUGACAUUCUCUCUAUCAAAUGUUUCGCCCAAUCGAUUGAUUAUUAUUUUUUUAAUAUGGCGCUUUAAGAUCUUCGCAAACAAAAAAGUAUCGCUCGCUGCACGCGAAAUCGGCCAAAGCGCGGUCGUGAAUGGCCAGACAAACGUCCACUUCGAAUCCGUACUCGUUGGGCUCGCCGUUUUUGAACAAAUCGGACAAAACUCUUGUCCCCGUCAGCCAGUGGAAGUCUCCUGGCUCCCUACUCUGGUCCGUCCCGGACGUCCAGACGUUGCUCCCUACAAAAUUUCUAUAAAAUUCUAAUGCCGCGAUCAAUGAUUG